AUCAUCUCGAGGCAUCUUCGCCUCCGUCGCGAAGGCACCGAGGGCGGCUGCCCCGUUGCAACGUCGCUUUGCGUCGGGAGGCGGAGCAUACAAUGAGCCCACUGGCAAUCUCUUUGGGGAGAAGGUGAGCCGGCGACCAUAGACUGCUCUCGACCAUUUGUCUGGAGAGACCGGCAGACCGCAAUGCGUCUUCAUCAAAUGCUUCGUAGCAUCAUGUUCGUCGGGCAAUUGGCUAAUCCUUGUCCCACCGACCCCUCUCAGACGCUUGCAAAGGGCGAAAAGCGCCAACGCGAAUCGUGGGAGCUCAUGUGGUACUGGGGCAUGUUCGGCGGCAUCGCACUGGGCAUUGUUUUGAAGCUUUACCAGCCUGACACCACGUGAGUAUGCGGCAUCAAGGCAGCGAGACCUUCUACGACCAUUCGGCAUCGCCGAAGGACAGAUUUGCUGAUCAAUCCCACCUCGGUCCUCUGGUCGUCCUCCGUCUUGCUCUGAACCGCGCACAGUAUCGCAUCCUGGGCUGUCCCUGAGGCACGCAAGAACCUUGAGGCCUCAGGCAAGCCGUGGAAGUACGAGCCUUCUCCCAACUCCGGGUACCCGGAUGGGUUGCCCGAGAAGGACAGGGCGU